AUGCAUAUAACUAAUUUCGAUCCUAAUUUUUCGAUUUUUGAUAAAAGGUAUAAAAUUUUCGUUUCUGAGCCUAUCUCUAUUGACAUAGAACAAUUGAAAGGUGAUCAAUUCUGGCCUAAACAGAAUAGAUCACGCAAUAAGUUGAAAAAAAUCUUCUCCAAGGCAUUUAAAACACUUAAAAGCAAAGUUUUCCAUAAAAAUCGCAAAGGAAAGGAAUCCGCCGCUAUCAACGAAAAAAUGACUUCUAAAAUUAUUUAUCAUUAUACUUCCUCAAUUUAUGAGGAUAUAUCCGAGUUUGAUGAAAUUGAUGUAAUUUUAGAUUUUUACUUAUCUUUAUAA